GGAAAUGUAGUUGUGAUUUGGUCGGGACUCCCGCAAAGUCAUCACAAUGGUCAAACAUCAACAAGGUUGAUAUAAGUUUGUUCGGAGAAUUUCAAGGUGGAACAUUACAUGCUCCAUUAUUGCAAAUGUUGUCUCGUCCAAGGAGUCGAACAGGAAAUGGAAGUCUACUACACAUGCGAAGUCAGAGUGGGGAGGAUGAAUUUGCUUAUCGCAAUUUUUUUUCCGCUUCAAUCAAACAUAAACGUCUUGCAGGGAAUGGAACGUUUGUAGAACUCGGAGCUUUGGAUGGUUUGACAUUUUCCAAUACUCAUGCUUUUGAAAAGAGUUUUGGAUGGCAUGGCUUGCUCAUCGAAGCCGAUCCUUCUAAUUUUGCAAAGCUCGUGAGCCAUCGACCGAGUCAAAUCUUAGUUCAUGCUGCUGUUUGUUCAAAUCUUUCGGUAGUUGAUUAUGUCACAAGCGGACAUCCUGCAGUCAAAGGGAUUUUGCAAUUUAUGUCCCCUCAGUUUCUCCGAGGAUGGCAUCGCACUUAUCAGCUCACUAAGAUUCUGUGUGUACCACUAGAAUAUGUGCUCAACAUGUUUGCUAUUGUCCAUGUUGAUAUGCUAUCUUUAGAUGUUGAAGGCGGUGAGUUGGAGGUUUUGAAAACCAUUGAUUUCGAAUCUCACACAUUUUCGGUCAUACUCGUAGAGGCAGAAGGGCUGGAUCGACAGAAGGAAAGGGAAGUCAUUGCAUUCCUUCAAUCGCAAAAAUAUACUUACUACGGCAAUUUUGUUAGAAGCAAUUGGUUUUUCAAUCCUAAAUAUAUUCGACCAAUUCGCU